AUGCCACGAUUAUCACCCCACCUGCUUGCCUAUGCCCACAGAAUAGACCCGCUGCUUCCACUUCUGCUACCGGCCACUGGCGGUAAUCUGGCCUCUGCCCGGCUCGAGCUUCGCUGGUUACGUACGGAGCUGCCCGGUCUUGUGAUCAGUAGUAACAGUAGUAGUAAUAGUAAUAAUAAUAUUAGUAGUGGUAGUAGUAGUAGUAGUAGUAGUAGUAGUAGUAGUAAUCUUAGUAUUAAUAUUAGUCUUAAUAAAAAUAGUGGUGACUGUAGUGGUAAGACUUCCAGGUACGGUAAUAUCAAGGCCAGUGGUAAGACUACCUAUAAUAGAAACAAAAAUAUCAACAACACCAAUAACAAUAAUAACAACAACAACACGGCCAGUAGCAAACGCCUGAAACGCGCAGUACUGCUCCGCAGAGCAGGCUUCCCUCUUCAAUAUUUACUAGGGUCCCAACCGAUUCGUGCGCUGGACGUUCUAUGCCAGCCCGGCGUGCUCAUCCCACGCUGGGAAACCGAGGAAUGGGCCGGGCGUCUUGCAGACCUUAUUGUCCGACACUCAGCAUCUUUGACUCUCAAGCAAGCCCAGUUAAAAAUUAUAGACUUAUGCACAGGCACCGGGUGCAUCCCCCUACUUUUGGCUGCAGAAAUUGAACAAGCUCCUAGUCUUCGCGGGUCCUCAUUUGUUGGAAUAGAUGUCUCCGAAACUGCCCUCAAGCUUGUUGCCAAAAACUUUCACCACAAUUCUACUUUGUUCCCCUCAGUAACUGCUCUCAACUCUUUCACAGCAAAAUACGGCGACGUUCUGGUUGAUAAUGAUCCAUCUUUUGUGAGCCUGGGCCCCGUGGACCUGGUCACGGCAAACCCGCCGUAUAUUCCUCAGCAUGAGUAUGCGCAGAUUUCAGGUGAAACAACCACCCGGAGCGUGCGUCGGUUCGAGCCCAGGCUAGCGCUGGUGGGAGAUAAAGAAUUUUACACAGCCGUAUUUAAGCGCGCUGUAUUUGAAGUCAAGGCGCGCGCCGUGGUAUGUGAGGUCGGCGAUGCUUCCCAGAUUGAGCAUAUGCAAGAUCUAGCAACUCAACACGGAUGGGAUAGUAUAGGAGUCAAUGACUCGACUGGUCGACCGCGGGCUGUUGCCUUAUGGGACCCAUCAAGUCCAUGGACGUUUUUAAAAGAAAUGUGA